ACCCUUUGGCGUCACGCUCGUCUCCGCGUUGCGCUGCGUCUUCACUUUCGCUUUCGCCCGUCUCCUGCAAUCUGUUCUUCCUCGGUUUGCAGGGAUCCAGGCUGCGGCGGCAGAAGGGAUCCUCCGUCUUUGGACCCCAAAUUGACCUCUACCGCGGCGAGGCGGGACUCUCUUUCUCCCGCACUGCCCAGACCGCGCAUUUUGCGCGCAAGGAGGCGCACCCAUGGCCGCCGCCGCCGGGGACCCCUCCAAAACUCUCCAGGACGAAGCGACCUGCUCCAUCUGCUUGGAUUACUUCUGCGACCCGGUGAUGAUCAUCGCUUGCGGGCACAGCUUUUGCCGAGCCUGCAUCGCCCAGUGCCCGGAGGGGCCGAGCCGCGACCUCUCCUCUUGUCCCCAGUGCAGGAUCGCUUUCCCCCGGGGCCACCUCCGGCCCAACAGGCACUUGGCGAAUAUGGCCGAAGCGAUCCAGCGCCUCCGCCUGCAGAGCCUCUGCCUGGCCGAAGGGGAGCCCAAGAAGGAAGCGCCGAAGUUGUGCGGGAAGCACUACGAAGCCCUCCGGCUUUUCUGCCUAGAGGACCGCGCCUUCAUCUGCUUGGUCUGCAGGGAAUCCCGGGCGCACAAAGCGCACGUCGCCCUCCCCAUCGACGAGGCUGCCCAGGAUGCUAAGGAUCACCUCCAAAGCUGCCUAACAACCUUGAAGAAGGAGAGAGAUGAAAUUUUGAAGGGGAAAUGGUGCAGUGAGAGAGAAAUUCAGGAAAUGAAGAAACGUGUGGGAAGCCUCAGGACUCAAGCUGCGGGAAAGUGGGAACUGCUAGAUGCGUGUGAAGAGAUCAUGAAGUCAAUCGACAAAAUAGCCAGCGAAUUCUCAGAGCGCAGUUCUCAUCUUGCCAAGCUGAUUAAAGAGGCAGAGGAGAUGUGUCUGAAGUCUGCCUUUGAACUCCUGAAGGCUAUGGAUCCCUUGCUGAGCAGGUGCAACACAGAAAUAUAUGGGAAACCCAAAGCUGAUCUGAAUAAAAAAGUUGAGUGGCUUAAUGAAAAACUACAGCUGGUGCAGACCAAGUUGUGUGAGCUUUCAGCACCUCCAAAACUGGCCAGUCCGAGAGCAGGAGGCGUGCCACAGCAACUCAGUCAGCAGGAAUGUACUUCUGUUUUUGUCUAUACAGCAUCUCCCGCAGACUAUUUUACUCCUAAGAAGGGGAAAUCAAAAUGGAUAAGAGAAAACAUGGUGUUUGAUCCGGAAACAGCCCAUCCCCGCUAUAUUGUGUCUCCAGAUGGAAAAGCAUUAUGGUGGGGAAAUGUCCGUCAGAACUACCCCUACAGUUCAAUUCGGUUUGAAUACGCCCGCUGUGUACUUGGAAUGUGGGGAUUCAGCUCCGGGAAACAUUAUUGGACGGUGGAUGUCCGAAAUGUCAACCAUUGGGCUGUGGGCGUAGCCAGAGGGUCUGUGGAGAGGGAUAGGGAAAUUAAUUUUGAACCCUAUGAAGGGAUCUGGGCAGUGGGCUUUAGCCGCCAUGAUCAGUUCAAAGCUCUGACUUCACCUCCUAUCUAUUUGGACCCAGAAGAGGGCCCAGCACAAAUCCAAGUUUCUUUGAACUAUGACGCAGGGAAAGUGUCUUUUUAUGAUGCUGAAGAUAACACCUGCCUCUUCAUUUUCGACUCAAUUGAUUUUGAUGGGGAGGAAGUUUUUCCCUUUUUCCGGAUUGUCGAUUCAUCAGCUUGCCUCCAGCUGUGCUAUUAAAGCACAUGGUCCUUGGCCUGUGCUUUGCCUUUCCUGGGUUCUCGGACGAGUCCAGGUGUUAGUUCCAAAGAGCAGCAGAUAUCCCUUUGGAAGUCUGUACAGGCUGCAGUUUCCAUCCCAUGCUGCUGUCCCACAUUCCCCUUCAACAAAGGACCAUGGUGUUUUGGCUUGACUGUGCAGACGAUUGCUUUAUAAUCCAGUACAGAAAAGGAGCACUACAGUAUUGCAAAUAAUGUUACUUUAAUUUUGCACCCUCUCGGUGGUGCCAGUGGGGGAUUUCCUCCCACUGCAAAUAGCGGCUUCAGAGGAGGGAUUAUACUUGGGACCAAAGCAAAGGGUUAAAUCCCCCACCACUUUUGGGGGGAUUCGAAUAAUCAUUAGCUUCUCCUCUCAGUAUUUUGCAGCUUUAUAAACCUGCAUUUUUAAUGCUAAAUGAACCAAAUAUUGUCUAUUUUUGACCCUUAGUCUUCCCAUAUAUUAACUCUACUAUUUGUUAGCAUAGAACUGUAGCUUUUUACUUUUAAUGAACUUAUGAUUUGCUGUCGCCAUUGCAGUCUUUAAUCAUUUCAUUAAUCUUUCAAUAAAGUUUUUUUUUAAAAAUCCUUUUAA